AUGUCUCCUUCGCCUCUCAACGAGGAUCCCUCUAAAAGGGCUUCCUCAGAGUUUACUGCUCCCUCUUCCUCUGGCGUCUUGCAUCUUAUCGGACUUGGCCUUGGCGACGAGCGCGAUGUCACACUACGUGGCAUGGACCUCAUUCGUUCAGCAGGAGUCGUCUAUCUCGAAGCAUACACCUCAAUUCUAGGCGUUUCCGCCCCAGCGCUCGAGAAGGCUUACGGCCGUUCUGUCUGCAUCGCAGACCGCGAAUUUGUUGAAGAACGUGCCCAGGAAAUCCUCACAAAUGCCCAAUCUCAACCGGGAGGCGCCGCAUUCCUCGUUAUCGGUGACCCUUUUGGCGCAACGACACACACAGAUCUCUGGCUUCGUGCCAGAGAGAGAGGUUUAAAAGUUAACGUUGUGCACAAUGCCUCCAUCAUCAAUGCUAUCGCUGUCACCGGCCUGCAGCUCUAUCUCUUUGGACAAGCAAUCAGUCUCUGUUUCUGGACUGACACAGACCGCCCGACGAGUUACUACCCAAAGUUACUCCAGAAUAGAAGAAAUGGCUUACAUACCCUUUGCCUCCUCGAUAUCAAGGUCAAAGAGCCUUCCCUGGAAAGCCUUGCUAGAGGGAAAAAACUUUAUGAACCUCCUCGCUACAUGACUGUCAACCAGGCUAUCGACCAACUGCUAGAGAUUGACUCUAUUCUAGAGGCCGACGAGCUUGUGGAAGAUACGAUGGCUGUGGGCGUCGCACGGAUAGGCCAACCAAACCAGCUAAUCGUUUACGCAUCACUGGGCACUCUACGUCAAACUGACUUCGGGCCGCCCUUGCACUCUCUGGUCAUUCCGGCCCGAGAGCUUCACUUUCACGAAGAAGAAGUCCUUUCAUGGUUCAAGCCCAAGUCUCAUGACACAACAAAGCCUCAAAUUUCAUGAGAUAGCCUUGUGAUUGUUUUUUUUUAAUCCAGUCAAGCAAUUCAAACGCCAUGACAACCCUUUACCGCAGCGUUUGUCUAUUGUCGCGGCCCAUGGGAUAUUGUCUAAGUCCUAUCUGCGCCUUUCUGAUUGCUACGCCACACGAGUAAAGGCCCCUUUCAGCGCCACCGAAAA